AUGGGCCUCCCGCGUGGGCCCCUGGCAGCCGCGGCGGUGGCCGCGGUCCAUGGGCUGCUGGCGUUAGGGCUCUGGAGCUCGACGCCCGCGCCUGCUUGCCCGCAGCCGGUGUGCCCGGCGCCAUUCUGCCCGGCGCUGGUCUGCCCCGACUGUGUGUCGGUGGCCGGCGCGCCCGACCCGGGGCCGCCGGGUGGCCCUGCGGCUCUCGGCCUGGGCGAGGUGCCCGAGGAACUAGCGGAGAUCCGCUCGGCAGCGCUUCGCCUGGAGGAGCAGCUUGCCUUGGUGCAGGCGGCGCUGGAGGCCGCUUGGAACGCCUGGAAGUACCAGCUGUUCUCCUCCAGCGGCCUCGUCGUGCCGGAGGAGGAGUUUAUGCGUGAGAUGAAGCCGGGCAAGCGGUUUGCCCUUUGGUAUGAGGACGACACUUACUGGCGCGAGCGGGUCGCGCUGGCGGAGGUGCGGCCAGGGGUGUGGAUCAUCGCCACUCCCGAUGGGCAUCGAUACUCUGAGAAUAUCAGGUGCCGCCGGGGUACCUCAGGCGCGGUGCAGGCGGUGCAUCUCGUCCCUGAUGCCGAGCUGCUGGAGCCGAUGAAGGGGCACUUCUACUGGUUUCGCACCGCGUUCGACGCCGCGGACCUGGUGGAGCAGAUCAAGCUGGCUGAGGGCGAGUCCUAUGGCAUCACUCGUCGUCGGCGGCCGUCGCCUGAGGCCAUUGCCCUGUGGGACGGGAAUGAGGUCGAGUAUCAGGCGCUGAUGGACUCGGACGGGGCGCAGCUGGUGCCCUUGGCUGGGGACGACGGUGAGGCGAGGCCUGCUGUCGCGCCGGGCGCCGCGGCUCUGCCGCUGGCCGCGCCCGCUGGCCCGCCGCCGGACGUCACCUGGCUCAUCGUCGACCCGCUCCACCCUGAUUUCGGUCGGGAGCGCCAUCCUGCUCCAGACGCCGAGAUGGCAGGUGACUACGCCAUGGCGUUGGACGCGAGUCGGCGGCCGGUGCCAGUGAAACGGGUGCCGAUCGCCGACGUGGCCACCUUCUUGGACACGGUGCACAUGACGGUGCGCAAGAUCCUGGACGAGGAGGGCGCCGCCGUGAAGGCGGACAAGGGUCUGGAGGGCCGCCUGAGCGAGGCCCUGGACGGCGGCACCAAGACCCCUCCUGCGGGCGAGGACGCGAGGACCUUGUCGGUGAGCUACGACGAGCACGGGGAGCGGCACAAGGACUGGCGAUCG